AUGGGUGGCUCGCGGGCUUUUCUCAUUGAAGUUCAGGCACUAUGCAUCAUGACAGGUUCGACUACAAAGCAAGUGAAUGGUGUUCUACCCAACAAAGCAGACAUGAUAAUCGCAGUUCUCAACAAACAAGCGGACCUAAACCUACGGCUUAAUGGCAUUUAUAUAAACGUCGCGAAUGGUGCUAAGUUAUUUGACACGGCUGGAGACGUCGCCUUAGCAGCAGCGUCUUUGAACGUCCCAUUCCCAAGGGGGGUCGCAUUCAUAGGAGAAGUUGGCCUUGGUGGUGAUCUUCGUAUAGUACCAAAAAAUGGAGAAGAGGGUUCUUACCCUGUCCAGUUUGGGGUACAAAAAGUGUAUUGUUCCAGAACCAGCCAUCAAACGAUUGUCGAACCUGGAUCUUAUGGACCUUGA